AUGUUACUGCAUCCUGGUCCUUCACCUGCCGCCUUGGGGCUGGGCAAAAACCAAGUGCGGAGCUGCACUGCGGAAGUCGUUGUUGGUGAGACCCUACCCCCACGCGAGGCUACUAGCCUGCUCGAGCUUCUGCAGCGAGCUGCAACCACCCCCGCAGGCAUCACCUUUUACACUGCAGAGUCAGCAGAGUCGGGCCACUGGCUCUCCUACCAGCAGCUUCUCGACCAGGCCUGCCACGAUGCGCACUGGCUGCAAACCUCGGUGUCGAAUCUGCAGCGGGAGACGGUAUUCCUGCUACAUUUCGACACCCACGAGGAAAACAUCCGCUGGUUCUGGGCCUGCACCGUCGCAGGCUACUUGCCUUGUAUUGUUCCCAAAUUUGCGGUCUCGACCGACCGUCGCAUUGCGCAGGCCGAACACAUUCUCCAGCUGCUGGAUGGGCCGGUGGUGCUCACCAACGGCCGCAUGGCGUGCGCCUUCCAGGGCAUCGACACCCCGCGUUUGUAUCGCGUCGAUCAGCAAUCCGCACUGACCAGCAAGUUGACCAUUUCGUCUACCUCUCCUCCGCUCCCAGUGAGUCACAAUCAACGGGCAGAUGAUCUCGGAGCCCUGAUGCUCACCUCAGGCAGUACCGGCUUCUCCAAAGCCGUGUGUCUCCGCCAGCCGCAGAUGCUGGCCGCAGCGGCCGGGAAGGCCGCGCACUGCGGGGCGACCUCUCAGGAUGUCUUCCUCAGCUGGAUUGCGCUCGACCACGUCGUCAACCUGGUCGAGAUGCACCUCCACGCCAUGCGGCUAGGGGCGGAGCAGAUCCAGGUGGCGACUGAGCUCGUGGUGGCCGAGCCGCGCCGGUUCCUCGACCUGGUCGAUCGUCAUCGCGUCUCCCUCAGCUUUGCCCCCAACUUCUUCCUGGCCCUGCUGUGCGAGCGCGUCUGUCGUCCCACGCCGGAGCAGGAGCAGGAGCAGGAGGCCCAGUCCGCCCCGAGCUGGGACCUCUCGUGUCUGCGCUGUGUCUUUUCCGGCGGCGAGGCCACUGUGCGGCAAAUGGCGGUGCAGCUCCUCCGCGCAUUGGAGCCCUACGGCGCCCGGCCCUUCAUCCGUGCCGGCUACGGCUUGACCGAGUCAUGCGCGGGCAUGGUCUGGGACCUGGUCGACCACACCGUGGACGGCCUCCACGAGACGGCGGGCGAGUUCAUGUGCUGUGGCCGGCCCAUCCCCGGGGUGGAGAUGCGCGUGCUGCGGGAGAUGGACGAGCGCGAGGCGGCUGCGGGCGAGGAGGGGAUGUUGCAGCUGCGCGGAGCUGUGCUGUUCGACCGAUACUAUCGGGAUGCCGCCGCCACGCGUGCGGCCUUCACGUCCGACGGCUGGUUCAUCACGGGGGACAACGCCUACCUGGACGCGCACGGCCAGCUCUACAUCACGGGCCGCACCAAGGACACGCUCUUGCUCAACGGGCUGACCAUCUUUGCCGUUGAGGUCGAGCACAGCCUCGAGCAGGCGCGGAUCCCCGGUCUGACCCCGAGCUUCACGCUGGUCUUCGCCCACCGGCCCCCCGGCGCCUUGACCGAGUCCUAUUGCGUGGUGUAUCUGCCCAGCUACAGCCCGGACGACGCUGCGGCCCGUGUCGCCACCACCGAAGCCAUUGAACGAAUCGCCAGCCUGGUCGUGCACGUCAAGCCCGCCGCGGUGCUCCCCUUGCCACGCCGCUACUUCGAAAAGACCUCCCUCGGCAAGCUCUCCCGCGCGCACUUCCGGCGCCUCUUCGAGUCCGGUGCCCUGAACUCUGAACGCGAAGCCCACGAGAGCAGCAUCCAUGCGCACCGCCAAGCGCAUCGCCAGGCCCCCUCCUCACCCACCGAACAAGCCAUCCUCACCCUCGUCUGCGCGCGCCUCCACGCGGCCGAUCCGGACGCGGUCAGUGUGACUACCAACCUCUUCAGCCUGGGUCUCUCCUCGCUCGACUUCUACACCGUCACACAAGACCUGUCCCAGACGUUCGGGGUCGUCUUCACCCUCCCGGACCUCCUCAUGGACCCAACCGUUGCCGGCCUCGCCCGCCGCCUCGCCUCCAACCAACAACAACAACGUCGCCAACACCAACCCAGCCCUAACACCCUCUCCACCCCCUCCCCAACCCCAGUCCUCCCCACAGAAUACGACCCCGUCGUCCCCCUCCAACUCACCGGCCCCAAAACCCCACUCUGGCUCGUGCACCCCGCCUCCGGCAACGUCCUCAUCUUCGCCAACCUAGCACGGGCCUUCCACGACCGGCCCAUCUACGCCUUCCGCUCGCGCGGCGUGCAACCCGGCGAACCACUGUUCACCAGCAUCGCCGAGAUGGCCGACACCUACGCCGCCGCAAUGCAACACACCCAACCCUCCGGCCCCUACGCCCUCGCCGGCUACUCGCUCGGCAGCAGCAUCGCCUUCGAGAUCGCCAAGCGGCUCGAAGCCGGCGGCGCAGAAGUCCGGUUCCUGGGCGCCCUCGACGGACCCCCCGACAUCGCGCCUUUAGUGGGGCAGCUCACCUGGACCGAAGCCCUGGUCAUGAUCGGGUAUUUCUACGAGCUCAUCUCCGAAAGACGCUGCGUGGCGCUCAUGCCGCAGCUGCGAGAUGUGGAGCGCGAGGUCGCACUGGAUGUGAUCCUCGCUGAGGCCGACACUAACCGCGUGAAGGCGUUGCGGUUGGAUAGGGAGGAGCUCCGCCAUGUCACCGACGUGACGGCGGGGUUCUCGCGCGCCGCGGGCAUGUAUACGCCCGCCGGGAGCGUGGCGGGCGCACCGGUCGAUGUGUUCGCCGUCGAUCCGCUGCUCACGGUCACGGCGGACCGGGCGGUCUGGGUCGAGCGGUAUCUGGGGCUGUGGAGGGGGCUGUCGCAAAGGGGCAUGGCGGUGCAUCAGUGCGAGGGCCGGCAUGCUGAUAUGCUCGGGGUGAGGUAUGUGAAUGGGCUGCAGCUGGUGUUGCGCCGGGUGCUGGAGGAGAGGGGCGUGUAG